GCACACACACACACACAAGCACACACGCGCUCACACACACAGAGAAAAUCCUCUUGCCUGUUGAUUUAUGGAAACAAUUAUGAUCCUGCUGGAGACUUUCUCAGCUGAGAAAUAGUUUGUAGCUACAGUAGAGAGGCUCAAGUUGCACAAGGCAGACAACAGACAUGGGAUUCCUGUGUCUCCAGCUGUUAUCAACAGAACAAAAGUAGAAAACGGCGUCGCUGCAACUGAGCUUAUUACAACCUGUUUUUGUAAGGAUAUACCAACAGACAGUUUUUCAAAGGAGGAAUGCUGUAUUGAUAUCAGGAACUAAAAGGAUAAGGCUAACAGUUUGGAAAGAGCAACUAUACUAUCUUAAAUCAAUCUACAGCUCACAGAUAGGAAGAGGUCAAUGACCUAGGAGCAACGAUCGCCUCAAGGUUUAUUUCUCAUUAUGUUAUUCAUGAACAGCCGGAGCAGCAGCCUAUAAUGCACAGAUGGGUACUGACAUGGGUCCUGCCGACUCUGCUCUACAGGUCAUGCUUGCACCUUAUCUGUCUAGUGGGCACUGCGUCGUUAGCCUGCAAUGACAUGACCCCAGAGCAAAUGGCUGCAAAUGCGAACUGUUCCAGCCCCGAGAGACACACAAGAAGCUAUGAUUACAUGGAAGGAGGGGAUAUAAGAGUGAGGAGGCUCUUCUGUCGAACACAGUGGUAUCUGAGGAUUGACAAACGAGGCAAAGUAAAAGGGACCCAAGAGAUGAGGAACAAUUACAAUAUCAUGGAAAUCAGGACAGUGGCAGUUGGAAUUGUGGCAAUCAAAGGGGUGGAGAGUGAAUACUAUCUUGCAAUGAACAAGGAAGGAAAACUCUAUGCAAAGAAAGAAUGCAAUGAAGACUGCAACUUCAAAGAAUUAAUUCUGGAAAACCAUUACAACACGUAUGCAUCAGCUAAGUGGACACACAGCGGAGGAGAAAUGUUUGUUGCAUUGAAUCAGAAGGGGAUUCCCGUACGAGGGAAAAAGACAAAGAAAGAACAAAGAAUAGCCCACUUUCUUCCUAUGGCAGUAACCUAACUAUACAUGGUAUCUAAGAAACCAGUUCCAGCAGGGAGAUUUCUUUAAGUGGACUGUUUUCUCUCUCCUUUCCUUUUCCUUUUUUUUCUUUCUUUUUUUUAAAGUAACCAAGAAAGGCUGGAGAACUACUGAAAAACUGAUCAAGCUGGACUUGUGCAUUUAUGUUUAUUUUAAGAGACUGCAUUAAAGAAAGAUUUGAAAAAUAUACACAAAAAUCAGAUUUAGUAACUAAAAGUUGUAAAAAAUUGUAAAACUGGUUGUACAAUCAUGGUGUUAGUAAUAGUAAUUUUUUUUUUCUUAAAUUAAUUUACCCUUGAGAGUAUGUUAGAUUUGAUUAUCUGAUAAUGAUUAUUUAAAUAUCUCUAUCUGCUUAUAAAACGGCUGCUAUAAUAAUAAUAAUAACGCAGACUUGUCAUACGAGAUACGUCAGACCUAGAGGCUGCUGGAGUGAUUGUCAGAUAAUGAAGCCGACGCGAACUACGGAAGAUGAGCAGCAUUUGAAAUGUUUUCUACCAAAAAAUAAUAAUCCACUAAAACUCGAAGACAAAAAGAAUGUUCUCAAAAAUUCUAUUAUGGAAUUGAAUCAAAUAGGUAGUUUUUCAAAAGUAUAGGGUUGGAACAUGCUUGUAUCUAUUAAUAGGAACAAAAUUCUUGAGGCUGCUCAAAUUGAAAGGAUGUUACUAAAAGAACGUUUUAAAAACUUUUGUAUAUAAAAUAGUAAUAAUGAUGAUAACACUGUACUUCAUCUCACUUGCCACAAAAUAACAUUUUAUAAACCCUGAAAGUAAAAUUCAGAACCCUUUAAGUAACAUAAUCUAUUUUUUGUAUAAUUCAUAUUUGGGAGUAUGGCUUUGAAUAAUGUUCUUCCCACAAAUAAUCAUGCUUUUUUUCUGUGGCUACAGCAUUAAACUCUAUUUUAAGUUGUAUUUGAACUUUACUGUUUUGUUAUUUAAGUUUGUUAUUUAUAAAAAAUAAUCUUAAUAAGUUGUAUCUGUUUCAUAUGCUUUCAGUUCUAAAGGAAUAACAAAACCGUCUGGCUCAGCUGCAAGUCCUCCCCCUCAUGACUGCACCGAGUCUAGGGCACAGCACUGGCCCCAGCAAAUCCUGGAUGGCAGACAAAAAUGGCAGCCUGCAGCCCAGCUCCCACUAGAUUCCUGCAGGGAACAAUGCAAAAAUGGGAAAAAUGCUUUGCCACAUACUCCUGCCAAUUGAAUUGGAUCGCAUAAGUGAAAUCACUGAAGAUAAAACAACUUAUAAGAUUUUAAAGUUAUAAUAUAUUUGAGUUUAUGAGUGGAAAAGUAUCAUUUAAAAAAAUGCCUAUUUAAAAUUAGUAAUUUUUUUUUAAACUCUAGAAAUCUCUGCCCUCCAAAAGAUGGCAGCAUCCAGAGUUGUUUUUCUGGUGGAUGGGAAGAGCACAGAGCCCAAAGUGGAGGACAGUCGAGGGACUUGAGGCCCGGAACGUCACGAAGGCCAGAGGUCAGGAUCCAGAGAAAAAGGUUAUCGGAAAGAUGCAUUUCCACUUCACAGUUCUUCCUUCCACUGGUAGAUACUGGUGGUGCUUUAUGUGCUUACCAAUAGGAAGUCUAUAUUUAUCUAAAUUAAACUGAAUGGUAUGCUCAUCAUUAUGGUUCUCAUUUCAAAAUAUUUUUCAUUCAAGUCCCUUUAUUUUACAUAAAUAUUAUCUGGCAGUGCAUUUAUAGGUGAAAGUUACAUGAAAAGGCUAAGUCCGCAGGAACAACAGAUUCACUUGGUUUUCCUGUGGCUCACCUAUACCACCAGGCCGCAGGAACCUAGAAAGAACCGCCCUCCUUACAUAUACUCUGGGAUGAUGCAAUGAGUGAUGCUCUGAACUGUCAUCAGAUUCAAGGGCACCUUGCCAGGCUAGGUUCCAAGAUUGGGCUUCUGUGACUAGCACCUUGUGAGCACAUCACGGGCAGAGGAGGAUACAUGUUUCACUUUGUUUCCUUAGUGCCCAACACAGUGUCUGUCCAUAAUUAUUUAUUUGAAAUCAUUCAAUGUUUGAAUAUCAAGAAAAUUCAUAAUGAAACUAAUCUUACAUUUUAAAAAGUUAGGGUAAAACAUGACUAUACAGAAAUUUAAAACAAAAUAGUGUAUACACAUACAAGAUAUGAGAGUCAUAUUAGGACCAAAUGCUUUUUGUCACAGAGUUACAGUUACCAUUAAAUUAUACCGUAUAGCUGAAUUAAGUAAAAUAGAUAAAAAAAAGAUAUUUAGUAGUAAAUCCAUUCCUGUAGUAUAUGUCAUUGACACAAUCUUUUUAGGAGCAUCUGCUUUUAAUUGUUUUUUUCUCCUAUUUUUUUGUACUUAUCAUGCAAAUUUUAGAAAAUGAAAUUGCACUACUUACAUAAACAUUUAGAAUUCUUUGUCCCUCCCCAUCACUUAGAGAUGAGGAAAUUGAGAUUCUGAUACACCCCAGGUCAUGUGGCUGGUUAGGUACAGAGCUGCCACAAGAGUCUAGGUCACCUAGCAUAUGCUUUUCACUCUUAGAUUAUGAGGGUUAUUACCCAGUGGCUCCUUUUUUUCUUUUUUUUUUCUGUUGAGAUAUGAUCUUUACAUUUGCAUAUAAAGUUGACAUAUAUUCUGGCAAUUCACUUCAUAUGCAACGAUUAAUCUAUACUGUGAUGAUUGACUCAAAAGGAGCAAAGAAAUGAUGAAAUUCCUAAUCCUAAUUCCUAUUCAAUUCUUAUGUAAACCCCUUUAUUUGGGAAGGGAGGGCAUUGCACAAAAUAUCCUGAUAAGCAGAGCAACCAUCUCUAAAAUGUUCUUCGGAAGAGGAAAUAGGUUUAAUACAUAGGUUUCCAACAAUUAGGAAGGGGAAAAUUAAAUAAAAUAGUAUGAAAUGUUAAAAAAGUAACAAAAAAGUUAUUUGUGAUGUAAUUGGUAUAUCAAUUUUUGAUGUAAUUGGUAAAUCAGUCGCGAUAUAAAUUAUCACCUUAAAAAUAACUUGAGUUUGCUAUAAAUUUAACUUAAUGAUAAAAGGGAAGAGAUAAAGUAGAUGACCUCUUCAAACUUUCCAUCUCUUACGUGUUUUAUUUUAUGGUUUUUUAGAGUGUCAGGGAACAUAAAGACUGGCUAUGGGACUCAGCUACAUUCACAGUAAAAACAGUUCUAUAACCACAAAUACCCUAAAGCCAUAUCCUUCACAAUUUUCUACUGAAACACCCAUAAUAGUAGACAAGAAAGAAUUAUGGCCUAGGGAAUAAAUGCAAAGGUUAUCCACAAAGACACAAAAUUCCUUUCUCUUAGAACUCGUACUUUUUGCAUUUUACUCCAUAAUAUGAAAAAAUUUGCAAUUAGUAACACUAAGCAAAGCUGACGCUUCAGAAAGAUGUACAAGGUUUAUCAUGUCGCUUCAUUUAUACCCCUACCCCACUGCCAUAUACUUGGGUAAGAAUAAGACACAAGAAAUCAUAUAGCUCCCAUAGUCCAACUUUAUAUAUAGAUAACACAGGGCUGAAAAAACAAAAAUUUUAUUGAAAAUUCACAAUGUCUAGGAAUGAUAUUGAAAAUAUGUAAUGACCAGUACAGGUAGUUCCUGGCCAAUCAGAACAUCUCACUGAUCUAUCAAAACGUAUGAGGGCCACUGUGACUUACCUGCGUGCCAGAUGUCGACCAGCCCUGCCCAUUUCUGUGAUCAACCUAAAACAUGGUUUUUGGAAAAUAUCUAUUAAUUGGUCUCUCUGGUUUGACUUCUUAAUGUAUAUCUUAACAUGAAAUAGUUUAUUAAAACCUCAUGUCUAACUGUCUUCAGCCUUGUUGUCAGUCUAUUCCACUUGUACAUUUAUCCAGUGAAGCUGCUGCCUUCAAUGACAGUGACUUGUUCCUUCAGGUCUACACAUGCUCCCACACAUCUUCCAACUUUGAAUCA